AUGGAGCCUCCAGUAAUAUCACUGGGAUGCAAGUACAGUGGAUCUCCAAAGUCUAAUUUUGUGACUUUGGAUUCCAUUGGACUUGCAGGAAACUUUUGCUCGGAUAAAAAACCUGCUGCUGUUAAUUGGAUCGAGGGGCGUGGAAAAUCUGUUGUUUGCGAAGCAGUCAUCACUGAAGAGGUGGUUAAGAAGGUGCUGAAAACCACAGUGCCUGGCCUUGUAGAACUUAACAUGCUUAAGAACCUUACUGGUUCAGCUAUUGCUGGUUCUCUUGGUGGCUUCAAUGCCCAUGCCGCCAAUGUUGUAUCUGCAGUCUUUAUAGCCACUGGUCAGGAUCCAUCCCAAAACAUCGAGAGUUCUCACUACAUAACUAUGAUGGAAGCCGUUAAUAAUGGAAAAGACUUGCACAUCUCUGUUAUUAUGCCUUCAAUUGAGGUUGGUAUAGUGGGAGGAGGGACGCAACUAGCGUCACAAUCUGCAUGCUUGAACCUGCUUGGAGCAAAGGGUGCAAGUUUGAAGUCACCAGGGUCAAAUGCUCGGCUGCUAGCAACCGUAGUGGCUGGUUCGAUGUUAGUCGGGGAGCUGUCUUCAAUGUCGGCCAUAGCAGCAGGUCAGCUGGUAAAGAGCCACAUGAAAUACAACAUAUCAACCAGGGAUAUGGCAGCAAUUGCAGGUUCAAAAUCAUAG